UUUGGACGUAGCUGCGGAAGCAACAAUGUGGGUUGCUGGUAUAUUUUUGUUGGCUAGUGUUGUUUUUGCUAAACAUGAAAUAUAUGAGGGACAUGCUGUAUACCAAGUAUCAGUGAAGGAUGUAGCUCAAGUUAAGCAGCUGAAUGAAAUAUCUGGUGAAGUUAACGCUGAUAUAUGGUCUCAUGCUGUACCUGGUCACCCAGGACAGAUCCUGGUCAGCAGAGAACUAAAAGACCUGUUUGAAGAGGCUUUGAGAAGUGCCGGCCUGGAUUACACUAUUGAAGUGGACAAUGUUAAAACGUUGCUCGACUUAGAAGACCAACUGUUAGCAGAAGCAGCCAGCAAAAGUCCUAACAGAACGAGGAGUUCCGGUCUUGACUUGGACAGAAUUUACACCUAUGAAGAGGUAGACGCAUAUCUUGAGGAGUUGGCAGCUGCGUAUCCCGAUGUGGUCACACUGGUACAAGGCGGGCGCAGUUUUGAAGGAAGACCAAUAAAGUACCUUAAGAUUUCAACCACCAACUUUGAGGAUAGAACAAAACCAGUUGUGUUCAUGGAGUCCCUGAUCCAUGCCCGUGAAUGGGUUACCCUACCAGUAACUCUCUAUGCGAUAGAGAAACUGGUGAUUGAUGUGCAAGAGCAGGACUUAGUUCAAGACAUUGACUGGAUCAUACUGCCCAUCGCCAACCCUGAUGGCUACGUCUUUACUCAUGGUGCUAACCGGUUCUGGCGCAAGAACCGUGCAACGGGCUACAUGAUCAACGACAUCUGCGUCGGAGUGGACCUCAACCGCAACUUUGACAUCAACUGGUCAUCGCACUCCAGCAACAUUGUCUGCUCAGAAAUCUUCCACGGUCGAGCUCCUUACUCCGAACCUGAAACAAUCGUCAUCAGAGACAUCAUCCGGGAACACAUAGACAGAAUAGAACUAUUUUUAGACAUCCACAGUUUUGGCAGCAUGAUCUUGUACGGCUUCGGUACCGGUAUCCUUCCACCAAAUGGACUGAUCCUCCAUUUAGUUGGCGUGCAAAUGGCAACGGCGAUAGAUGCCGUCAAAAUGUCCUGGAAUCCGAACUAUAUUGUUGGAAAUGUCGCUAUGGUGCUGUAUGAAGCUUCAGGGAGUGCUCAAGACUACGCUCAGGGGGUUGGUGUGCCUUUGUCCUACACUUACGAGCUUCCAGGACACAGGUUUGGUUCAGGCACUGCCGCUGGAUUCUUGGUCGAUCCGAACUUCAUUGAGCAGGCUGGAUUUGAAACCUGGGAAGGUAUCAAAGCCGGAGCGAGGUUUGCCAGGAACAAUUUUAGGAGAAAGAACGAUUUAGACGCGCAAUUGUGAACCUAAAGACUUCAAUAAAUCUUGCUGGAUGCCGUAUA